GCACCCACGCAACUUGUUUGAUUAACCUGCACCUGGUCCGUAUACCCGCACCACCAUCUGCUUGCACCCAUAUCCAUUAUACUAUCACUGCAAUCUGACCUGUUAUUAAACGAAUUCGUAAACGACGUGCACCACUUGCAUCGCUCUGCUCUGGUCUGCACCUCCCCAUAUCCUUUAGGAUUUUGCUUUAGUUUUCACAAACUCUGCUUCUGAACCUUUGAACGCUGCAACCUUCAGGAGCAUCCCACAAGUCUAUAUUGCUGCAAAGCAAAAAAGAGGAAAAAGGAGAAUGGAAUAAAAAAGAAUGAAAAAAGGGGGAGUGAAAAAAAGGAAGAAACAAGAAAAAGAAAAAAGAAAAAAUUGCUUGAUUGUUUGAGGCUUAGGCCCACAUGGGCAAGAAAGAAAUAUGAUUUGUUUGGUUUGUCUGUCGUUCUCACCAUGAUGAUCGCUCGAGUGCUUGGACUGAUGAUCGCUCGAGUGACGUUACGAAAGUUGGAUUUUUUGUUUUUUGUUCAAGUUUGUUCGGAAGUUGGAAUUUGCAUUGGCAUUAGCAUCGACAUUGGUAUUGGCAUUGGCACUAAUAUUGGCAUUGGAAUUGGCAUUGACACUAGCACUAGAAUUUGGAGUCUUGCAUCCGCAUCUACUUGUUGGCAAACUCAUAACGUGUACCGCCAUGAGUUUGACGGGAGGUGUUGGAAAAUUAGUUAUUUAGCUUAUUUUUGUUUAUAGUUUCCAUAAGAGAGCAGUAUUUAUGAUAUGUAUGCUUGUUUUAGGCUUGGGCAGGUACCACUUGAAAGAUCUUGUUCUUGAAUGAGGAAUUGCAUUCAACAGGGCUUAUGGAAUGACUAAUUUUGAGUAUCAUGGCACUGACCCUAGAUUCAACAAGGUCUUUAACAGGGCAAUGGCUGACCACUCUAUCAUUGCCAUGAAGAAACUUCUUGUGACCUAUAAGGGCUUUGAGGGCCUCACAUCUGUCGUUGAUGUUGGUGGUGGCACCGGCAGUGUUAUUCACAUGAUUGUCUCUAAGUACCCUUCGUUUAAGGGUAUUAACUUCGACUUGCCUCAUGUCAUCAAAGAUGCUCCCCAAUAUCCUGGUGUGGAGCAUGUUGGAGGAGACAUGUUUGUAAGUGUUCCAAAGGGAGAUGCAAUUUUCAUGAAGAUGAUGAUUCUUGUUGACAUCAUUAUUCCGGUAUCUCCAAACAGCAGCCUUGCCACCAAGCUAGCUAACCAUGUCGACAUGAUCAUGUUAGCUCACAACCCCGGCGGAAAAGAGAGGACGGAGAAGGAGUUUGAGGCCUUGGUUAAGGGAUCUGGAUUCCAAGGCUUCCGCGUCAUGUGCUCCGCUUUCUAG